AUAAGCCCUAGAAUAGUAGUGGUAUGUCUCACAAAGCCCUGACAUUUCUGCCAGCGGCAGAUCCUCGGUAGAAAAAAGACAGAGGAAUCAAUUUCGGGAUGGAUUUUUUGGAGAUAUGCGUAGCUGGGAUGUCGUAGCCCGCGAUUCUAGGUAUGAUUGUUCAACAGAAAAAAAAAUUCUCCUUUGUUGAAAAUUUGUUAGCUGGAUAACGCCCACCAAAUGUAUGAUGUUUUGCCCAAAGUUGUAUGAGUAGGUUUUGUGUGGUUUUGGCUCUAUAAAUCCUGUCAGGACUGUGUUUUUUAGUAACAGGCGAAAUGAAAAUUGAUGGAGAUGAAGUGGGUUUGGGGGGAGGCGAAGGGGAUGGGGUGGAAGUUGUGGAUACGAAAUCUGUUUCUAGGGUGAAGCUUGAUCUUAAUAUCCCUGAGUGGCUUUUGGUGGAGGUGCUCGUUAGGUUGCCUGUGAAGCAAGUUUUCAGUCUUAAACUUGUUUGCAAGCAAUGGCGUUCUGUCAUUUCGGACCCUUUUUUCAUUCGUAUGUAUGUUUUGCGAGCCUCAAUGUCGCGGGAGUUGCCACCUUGGACUUAUAUUUCCUACACUUUGCAUGUUGAUGGUUAUUAUAUUCGACAUUCGGAGCAUCCUAGUUAUGAGCUCUUAUUGGAUGUAUAUUCUCGGGAUUUUAAAUGCCCAAGUUUUUAUGUCCUCCCUUGCCCGCAUGGUCAUUAUGGAUAUACGAGUAGAUACACUGUUCUUGGAGUGAGCAAUGGCUUAGUGCUAUAUGGUCCACUCGUUUGUUGUCUCAAUUAUGGCAUAUGCAAUCCUAUUACUCGGCAAUGGAUGGCCCUACCUCCACAUUCUUGUCUCUUCAACACUGUUAGAGGGGGUUUAGUCACUAAGGUUGACAAUGGUGUUCUCACAAGUUAUAGAGCAGUGCGGAUUGAGAUAAUUUUGAAAGGAAGUAGUAGGAUAAGAUUUGAAGUAUUUUUUUCUGAAAUCGGUGAGUGGAAGAGUUUUACUGUGGUUACUGAGCAAGUAAUUAGAAUUAAUUCUCGGAGGAUGGCUACUAUUCUUGAUGGAAUUCUGCACUGGGUAACAGGUAAACAUGGAAUAAUUGCAUAUGAUCCUUACGAGAAGCCUGACAGCUUGCGCUUUAUUGCAUUGCCUGGUGAUAUAGACAGAAGGUGUAAUAAUGCAAAACACCAUGGCAUCCCUAGCUUGUGUGAUGCACAUCAAGGACGACUGAGGUACUUUGAAAUGUCUGGUUUUUGUAAGCGUCCAUAUGGGUUCUCUAGUAUUGGUAUUUGGAUACUCAAUGAUUAUAGCAGUGGAGAGUGGUGUCUGCAACAUAGAGUCCGCGCUGCAGACAUCCUAUAUGACGACGUUCUUUCUGGCCAAUAUCUGUUUCUCCAACCAAUGUCUUUCCACCCAUUUGAUUCGGAUAUUUUAUAUUUGGGAUAUGAAAACAUCAUUGUCUCGUAUAACAUCAACUCCAGAAAAUUGAAAGCUCAUGGUGGUGAACUUGGCAUUGAACUGACUAUUGGGGGAGAACAGCCAUGUUGGUUGUUGGCCUUUUUGUUUGUGAUUCCGCCAUGGCCUUUAUAUCUUCCCCCUCUCCCUCACCCUUUCAUUCCCCCUCCCCCUCCUGGAGCAGUGGAGGCUUUAUUAUAGGUUUGUCUUUUGGCCAGAUCUUGGCAUUGGUGUCUUGUAUUUGAAUUGCUCUUUUGCUAGGAAAGAAUUGUCCUAUGUUGUUGUGAUUCCGGCAAUUCCAUUUAGAUAGUGACCACAAGAUUCUAAUGGAAUUGCCUGAAUCAUGAUAACAUCUGGUGUUGGCAUGGCAUAUAUGUGCAUGCCAUGCAUUGAUUAGCAGUAUUUACAUGCUCAAUUUUCCUAUGGGAGUUGGAGCAGAUAGGACCUAUGUUGUUUUUGCAUUAGAACAUAAUAGAGGCAUGUUGCAGCAUGCACUUAUGACCUGUUUUAAGGCCUUGUUGUAAGCUUGGAGUUGUUGUUUGUAGAGUACAAGUCCAUUAUGAACCAAUUACCAAUCUAAUGCUAGCCUUUUAUUUUACUUGA